AUGGUCGCUUUUUCACGAUUAAGCGUUGCGUGGGCAGUCAUCACAAUUGGUGCUCAUGCGCAUCCGCUGUUCGAGGGUACGUUGGUGCAGCGAGCGGAGAGUCUGAGCAAGGAGUACGAUUAUGUGGUGGUUGGCGCCGGCGCGUCGGGCCUAACGGUUGCGAACCGAUUGUCGGAGGAUCCCGCUGUCACUGUGCUUGUUAUUGAAGCUGGGCAAUUCGACCAGAAUGAAGACUUCGUCACCGUCCCAGGGCUUGCAGGCGGCGCUGUAGGAACAAAGUAUGACUGGAACACGUCGUACACUGCAAAUGAAGCUUUGGGUGGCCGUGUAGUGUCGAUUCCUCAGGGGAAGAUCGUUGGCGGCUCGACGAAGCUGAACCGGAUGGUUUUUGAUAGAGGGUCGAAGUCGGAUUACAAUGCCUGGGAAACAUUCGGCAAUACUGGGUGGAACUUCGAAACUAUAUUGCCAUACUUCAGGAAGAACGAAAAGUUUACGCCGCCGACGAAAGAGAUCUUGGCUGAAUACGACAUCAAAUGGGAUCUUGCGUUCCACGGCGACAAUGGAUAUAUGGAUGUCUCAUAUUCCCCCUUUUUCUGGCCAACGACCAAAAACUUGAUCAACGCAACGAAGGAAACUGGAAUCUACAUCCCUAGUGACCCAGCCAACGGGAACGCCUUUGGUGGCUACUACUGCCCUCACAACUUGGACCCUGUCAAUAUUACGCGGGACUCUGCUGAAGAAGCUUAUUACGACAGCACUACCGCGCGCAAGAACUUUCAAGUCAUUACUGGGCAGCAAGUUACGCGGAUCAUUACUAAGACGGAAAACGGGACCGUAAGAGUUACUGGCGUUGAGUUUGCCAGCUCCUCAAACGCGACACGCCAGACUGUCAGCGUUUUCCAAGAGGCUAUCCUCGCUGCUGGAGCGCUACACACGCCUCAGCUGCUUCAGGUAUCCGGCAUCGGAGACUCAGCGCAUCUGAAGAGCAUCGGUGUGAAAACCGUAGUUGAUCUCCCAGCUGUCGGACAGAACCUGCACGAUCACGUCUCAGUUACAGUCGUAAACACGCUCAACACCACACUCCUGACCCAAAGCGCCCUUCAAAACGCCACCUUCGCCGCCCAAGCCCGCCAACAAUACGACACGCAAAAGCGCGGCCCAUACUCCUCUCCCACGGCCGACUUUCUCCUCUUCCUCCCCGUCCCCGUCUAUUCCAACGCCACAGCCUCUAUUCACGCCCAAGCCACCGCUGGAAAACCCUCAGCAUCCCUACCAUCUGACGCUACUGUAGAAGUACUCAAAGGUUACCAAGCCCAGUACGAUUCCCUCACUUCUCGUCUCCUCGCCAAUGACUCCGGAAAUCUCGAAAUCAUCUGGGCAGACGGCGUCAUGGUGCUUGGACUCCAGCACCCCUACUCGCGUGGCAGCGUCAAGGCGUCUUCAUCGAGCAUUUUCAAUCCACCUGUUGCUGACUCUGGCUUCUUGCGCAAUCCGUUGGACGUCCUUCUCCUCCGAGAAGGUAUCCUUUUCGCGCGUCGCUUUAUCACUGCUCCAUCGCUUGCUGCGCUACACCCCUUCGAGGCCGCGCCCGGAGCAAAUGUCACUAGUGACGCCGACUUAGACGAGUACAUCCGCAGCGGGGCAUCUACUCUGUAUCAUCCAGCUGGUUCUUGUAAGAUGGGGCCGAGAGAGGAGGGUGGUGUAGUGGAUGGGGAGUUAAAGGUUUAUGGGGUAAAGGGAUUGAGGAUCGUGGAUCAGAGCGUAUUCCCGCAGUUGCCGGCGAGUCACACGAUGACGACGGUGUACUCCAUUGCCGAGAGGGCAGCGGAUAUUAUCCGUGGAAUAUAG